AUGGCAUCUACAGAAGACCAAGAUAUCAUUCCCACCAUCAUUGCGUUGGCAGUGAUUGGAAUCACAAUUCAUCUCACAAAUGCGGUAGGAAUUCUGACUACCUUGAUUGCCAAGCUAAACUUGAAGCGAAAAGCCAUGCAAAAGGCUUCAGAAGAUGCAGAUGCCAGUGUUACUGGUGUCUUCAUUCACCCCGUCAAGUCUCUUCGAGCCGUAUCUUUGCCACAAGCUCAACUGGACUACAAGGGUUUUCAUGGGGACCGACGAUUUAUGGUGUGCUAUCCAGCUCCUCGGUGGCAAGGAGAUACGAGACACCGUUUUUUGACGCAAAGACAGUGCCCUUCGUUAGCGACGGUCGUGGCCAAAUUGGACGAAGAUAGUUUGGUGUUGGAAUGUGGCGAUCAGUCGAUUGAAAUUUUCACGGAAGUGGAGGCGGGCUCGAAACGACGUACCUUUGAUGCUGGUAUUUGGGACGAUCAAGUGGCAGUCGAGGAUAUGGGAAAUGAAGCUGCCAAGUUUUUGCAGGCCAUUGUGGAUGCUGACGAGGAUUGUCGCAGUGGUGAUGAAGGAGACUCUCCUGCCUCCAAGAGCCUGUUCCAGAAGGUCCGACUGGUGGAGCAUUGCGUAAAUGAUCGAGAAGCACCUGCCAAAUUUGUUCCCUCCAGUGCUAAAACUUGGUUGGGAAAACGCCCACAAGUAUCACUGACGGAUGGCUUUCCAAUUCUCAUUGCCUGUGAAGCGUCUUUGGAAGAACUCAACAAGAAGCUUAAGGAGGCUGGAAAGGAUCCCAUUUCCAUGUCCAAUUUCCGUCCCAACAUUGUCAUUAAGGGUACCAAUCCCUUUGAAGAAGAUAAAUGGAAACAUAUAUCUAUUGGAGAUAAAGUCUUUGCUAUUGUCAGGGCUUGCUCACGCUGCAAACAGUCUUGUACAAAUCAACAAACGGGAGCUGUCUCGACAGAGCCCAUCGAAGUGAUGAAGUCCUUUCGCGCCCUGGGAGAAAAUGAAACGGACGUUUUCUUUGCCCAAAAUGCAAUCCCUCUCGGCACAGGAACGAUCAAGGUUGGUGAUGAGGUUCGAAUCAUUGACCGAGGUGAUCCAAUUUAUUACUGA